UAUUGACCAAAAACCACAGCUAAAUAUUGCAUACUUCGCGACACUCCGAUUGCAAGUCGAGUUGCCGUUAUGUUGGCUGACCGUCGCGAGGGGCGGACAACAUGAGAAAACCCGCCGCCUUCUCCAAGCCAGCUUCAUGACCUCUACAUCACCCGCAUUCAAUCACCUCCAUGUCAACACGAUGCCUCCCGUCGACACGCUCUCCAGCUGGGGCACGCUAGUCCUCUCCAUUGCAUGCAACACCCUCGUUUUCCAGGCCACGCGCACUCCAAACACAAAGUCCUCCGCGACCGCGGCCUCGGGCCAUGUGAGGGCCAUCUCCGCCAGCCACAGCAUCCUAGUCACCAUCCUCACCAUCAUCGCCCUCCGUCAGCAACACUGGCAGCUCUCCCUUGACGACCCCACCCCGCCGCGCGACGUCGAUGGAGACGGGAACCUGGAUGACGCGGCCAACCCAAUGAUCCAAGGCCGCAGCCGACUCGCCAACAUGAUCACGUCCUGGGAAGCGGGCUACCUUCUCUACGACACGUGGGCCAUGGCCUACGCCCUCCCCAGGACCGUGGGACGCAGCGCACGCCCGUCGCCUGUCAUGGUCACGCACCACGCGCUCAUUGGCGCUGGGCUGCUGUACCUCCAGCACUACAUUGCGCGGGGCAAGGAGCGCGGCGUGCGUGUCAUCUUGGGUCUUCUCCUGAUGAACGCGUCUAAUCCUCUGCUGCACGCCCGAUGGUGGGCUCGGAAGACGGGUAGACAGUCGAGGUUUCUGGACGCUGCGUUCUUGGUCGCGUUUGCUGGUGUGAGGUUUGGCAGCGUCGCUUGGAUUCUGCGACAAUAUGGCGCGUAUCACCGCCUGGGUCUUGUGGACGUCUUUGGGCGCUUGAGGACGCCUUGCAAGGUGGGCACGGCGAGUCUUGUUGGGCUCAAUGGUGUAUGGUGGCUAUGGAUGUGCAAGAACUUUGCGCAGCGCUACGUGGAGAAGACGAAGAAGCGGAUUUGAAAGUCAGCUUUGUAUUUCACUUCUAUUCAUCAUCUAA